UUCCUAGUCAGCAAAGUAGAAAAGUAAAAAAUAUCGAGCAGGGAUAAAAUGCUCUAAGGCACAAGGCGACAAUAUAAUAAUAGAAAACACAAGCUCAAAAUCCACCAGAGAUCCUACAGUCAAAUCGUUGCAAAGCGCCGAUCGAACUAGUAAUCCAAAUUGGUAAAAGGUGAAAUUUUAUCCCGUUUAUCUGCUGGUCAUACAACCCCUUACUCCUCAUAACACACCAUAGAGAAGCAUACAAGGCAUAGCCCUUAUUUAGCUAAGAGAGAAACAUAGAAAUAUCAACGCUUUUGACAGAUCCCCGAUCCGACUUGCACUUACGUUCCAAGGUUUUGACAUACCAAAUAUAAGGGCUAGUUACUAACUACGCUUCACUACAAAUACCAUAUAGCAAAAAUUAUAGGUACUUGGUGCUUUAGUUAAACCUACUUACAACCAACGAAUCGAUCGAUUUUUAUUUUUCUCCUUCACUUCCACAUAGCUUACUUAGUAAUUUUAACUGGCUCAACUCACUCUGUUUAUUAUUCUCCGGUGCUCCCACAAUUUUACUGUUAGUUUCGCCGCUGGAGAGAAAACUGGACAACAUUACAGUUAUAGAAUUUCCAUUUAAACUGUCUUUGACUUACUAAAUUGGUACAGGAGUUAAUAUCCUCGCAGUUACAAGUGACCGCAGUGUGUUCGAAACUGGGUUUGUUCUGAGAGAAGUUGCUAACAUUUCAAAUUCGAAACAUGGGCAAAGUUCUCUCGGCGCCGCGAGAGGGCGCGCGAAAUGUGCAGAGACGCAUGUCUAAUUUGGGGAAGAAGAAGAAAACGGAUUCUACAGAAGAGCAGAACAACAAGCACGACGAGGAUGACAUUUUGGAGGAUGAACCCCCUCCCCCCAAGCCACAAGAGGGUCCCACCAAAGGGGUGCGCAGGAGGGGGGCUGUAUCAGCAGAGGCAGUGACAGAAGAAGACAUUGCCAACUACAAGAAAGUGGUGAUUCCGAAGACGGCGGAGGAGAUGUCUGCUCUGAAGGACAGUCUGAUGAAGAAUGUGCUGUUCAAGUACAUGGACGAGAAGACAAGGGAGGACAUCUUCGACGUCAUCCAGCCCAAAGACUACCAGCCAGCUCAAGAUGUCAUAGUUCAAGCCACGUGCGGCCACAGUCAAGGCAUCCAGCGACAGUCUAGAAGUGGUCAAGAUUAGCAAGGAGAGAUUCGAGAGAGUGCUGGGACCCUGUCAAGACAUCCUGAAGCGCAACCUAGAGAAUUACAACUCAAUAGUCGCCCUCAAGUAACAACCACACCCUCCCGAAAACCCCAAAUACCAACCAGCUCCCACCAGCCCAUAGAAAACUUACGAGAACCCCCCC